GGCAGCAGGAGAUGCUCUUUGCACUCUUCACUUCUCACACUUGCAACAAGCUGACCAGGAAGAGCUGGGGAGGAGAGGGAAACAUCCCAUCACCAAAAAAGUCUGCUCGUUUAGACAAGCUGCAAGACUGGUACUGUCAGGUGCUGGUGGUACGUGUGAUCCGUGCUGGUUUUGUCCUCUGAAGUAACCUGGAUGGACCUGUGCAUGUGAUUUUUCACUCUUGGUCUACACAAAGAAGGUUUCCUGACCAUAGGUGGUACUUCAGUGGUAAAGAUUGGACAACCGAGGCACGAUUGGCUCCUGGAAUGACCUGCUCUCCCAUAGUAUAAAGGAAGGCUGCAGACCAGGCAGGUUUCUGCAGAGGCAGGGCCUGAAUGAAUGUUCUCAGACCAGGAGAAGAGGAGUGAAGGCUUUUGUCUGCACAGGCCCAGGAAGGGCAAAGCAGCUCACUGACACUUCUCGCUCACCACCAUGCUGGAAGAAGAUAACGAUGAGACAUGUUGGAAUAGCCUGGAAAACUUUCGGGUGAAGCUGAUCUCUGUGAUAGAUCCUUCCCGUAUAACACCUUAUCUUCGCCAGUGCCAGGUGAUCAACCAUGAUGAUGAGGAACAAGUUCUCAAUGACCCCAGCCUGGUCAUGCGCAAACGCAAAGCAGGUGUUCUUCUGGACAUUCUUCAGCGAACAGGGCGCAAGGGCUUUGAGGCAUUCAUGGAGAGUCUCGAGCUUUAUUAUCCACAACUGUAUAAGAAAAUAACUGGGAAGGAGCCAAGCAGGGUUUUCUCUCUGAUUAUAGACACAGCUGGGGAAUCUGGCCUGAGCCAGCUCCUGAUGAAUGAGAUUACAAAGCUGCAGAAGAUGGUGCAGGAGGAGCGGCAGAAGGCCCAGGAGCUCACCGUGUGGCUGCACACCAAAGAGAACAUGAUCAGAGAGAUGUGGGUGAGGGACAGCCUGCUCCACAAGCACCAAGAGCGAGUGCAGAAGAUGAAGGAGGAGAGGGACAGUCUGAGCAAGGAGCUGCGGAAGUGCAAGGAUGAGAACUACAACUUGGCAAUGAGCUAUGCCAGACAGAGCGAGGAGAAGAGCAGCGCCCUCAUGAAGAACAGAGACCUGCUGCUAGAGAUUGAUAGCUUGAAGCAUAGCCUCAUGAAGGCUGAGGACGACUGCAAACUAGAGCGUAAGCACUCGAUGAAACUGAAGCAUGCCAUAGAGCAACGUCCGAGCCACGAAGUGAUGUGGGAGAUCCAGCAGGAGAAGGAGUUGCUUUUGGCCAAGAAUCAGGAGCUGGAGAACACUCUCCAGCAGGUUGCCAGGGAACAGAAUUUGGAGAAGAGUCUCUCUUGUGAGACUGUGCAGAAAGACUGCAGCCAGAUACUGGAGCGCCAGGACCUGCUGAACACCAUAUACCACCUUCGCAAGGAGCUGCGCCAAGCCGAGGUGCUCCGAGACAAAUAUGCAGAGGAAAAAGAGAUACUUGAACUACAGUGCACGUCUCUGAGGAAGGACUCCCAGAUGUAUAAAAAACGGAUGGAAGCUGUCUUACAGCAGAUGGAGGAAGUGGCUUCAGAAAGAGACCAGGCACUGCUGACCAGAGAACAGUUCUACACACAAUACUCCAAGAACCUGAUUGAGAGGGACGCCUAUCGGAAGCAGAUUCGGGAGCUGGGGGAGCGAUGCGAUGAGCUGCAGCUGCAGCUCUUCCAGAAGGAGAGUCAGCUACUGGCUACUGAAGCCAAGCUGAGAAGGCUGCAACUGGAGCUACCUGCACUGACUUCUGACCUGGAUGACACCUCCUCCAGAGAUUCCCAGGAUAGGACUGCUGUAAAGGACAAAACCAGCAAUUCAGCAUUCGAGAAAGCAAUCUGCCUGCAGAGUCACCCACUUUCGAGGAGUGCAGCUCAGCCCACGAGGAGCUGUCGGAGAAGGAGCGGAGGAGGAUGAAGGACUGCUUUGAGCGGUACCGCAGGAAGCGUGCCCUGCGCAGAGUGCCUGGCAGCCGCCCCGAGGCCGACUGGGAGCCCAGCACGGGCAGCGACAACACGGACACUGAGGGCAGCUAGGGGCCGGCCCAGGCUCCGGUUUGCAGCUGGACAGCGUUUCACAUCCCUCAAUAAACACCAUAGUGUUUGGUGAUUAAUGGUUCUAUGUCCAGAUGGAGGCUGGUAACAAGUGGCGUCCCCCAGGGGUCUGGCUUGGGACUGGGAAGGACUUGGGAGUGUCCUGAUGGGUAAAAAACUUAACAUGAGCCAGCAGUGUGCUCUUGCAGCUUGGAAAGAAAAUGG